AUGUCGUUAGAUGAGACGCAAAUGGAUGUGUCUUCGAACACCACGUUAGCCAGCUCAAAGAAGAAGCAAGUGCGAAAUAUACCGGUUUUGUUCCUCAGUAUUGCCCUUGCGCUAUGGGCUCUUUGGGUUCUUUCUACACUCCUUCAUCUUACCGAUCUCAUGGUCAGUCGGUAUACACGGUGCAUCGGGAGACGAGUGUCUAGACGGAAUGGUGAAGAUUCAGAUGAGGAAGAGGUCAGUCAGAGGACUCUACUGCUGAAGAAAGUUGACGGAAAGGUUGACAAGAAAGUCAGAUUCGACAUUGAAAACACGACUGUUGGGAAGUUUGACGAUGGUGAGGAUCGCAGAUAA